AUGAUAAAAUCUCAAGUGUUUAAACCGAACACGUUUCUGUACUUUGCGUAUGGAAGCAAUCUGUGGACAUUCAGGAUUCAUAUGAAUAAUCCGACUGCGGAGUUUGUGUCAAUUGGUCGGCUUGAUAAUUACAGACUUGAAUUUAUAAGAUAUUCAAAAUUUUGGGGAGGCCCUACAGCUACCCCCGUUCCCACUGCCAAUGCGCAUAUUUGGGGAGUAAUAUGGCGACUCCAAACCGAGAAUAUUCCAUCCCUGGAUGAACAAGAAGGCGUAGAUAAAGAUAUCUAUUACGUGAAGCACGUGCGAAUUGCUACGCCUUAUUUGGGAAUGUUCACUUGUCGAAUUUACGAACACAAUGUGGUACCACUGCCGCGAGGAGACAACGAUGAUAUUCCUAUAGAGCAUUGGCCAUCUUGGACUUACAAGGAAGUAAUUAUCCUGGGCGCGGAAGAACAUAACCUUCCCGAUCAUUACAUUGAGAAAUUGAAGGAAAUAAAACACAACGGGGAACAGGGAUGCUUUUACAUGGCUUGUCUUCUGCGCACUUUCGCCAGAGAGACUCCUUGCGUCUGCAGAUUAACAGAGAAGAUACGGCGAGAGCCGCUAAAGUUGGAUAUGAAAAAAAUUAGAGCAAAAUACAAGUCGCAUCACCUUGAUCGGGUGGCGAUGUAUGCUGCAUGGGACAAUGUAUCGUUCGAGUACCCCGGCGGGCUCGUCUGUAGAGGAACUGAGGCCGCGGUGCGGCAGCUGGCUAGCGUGUGGGUUUCUAUAUUACACACAAUUUAA